AUGGUGUUGAUAUCAACGAUCGCACUCGUGCUCAGCGCCGCUUUAUCCGCUCAAGCGACGGGCCAGGCCGCGUUGCAAGAAGGAGUCAAAUUAGACCCCAAGGCAACGGCGAGCAUCCAAUCCAUCUUCAAGUCAUUCACCAAUCCACACAUCGCGCCUGAAGCGGUAACAGCAUGCUGUGGGGAGGGGUGUGCCAUCGGGCUCUGCAACGGUCGACCCGCUGACAGCGUCGACAAGCCCACCGCUAGGGUCGCAGCUUCAGACGUCACGACUACUGCUGUGCUCCGUCUCGACAGAGCCUGUUGUUCGCGCUCAUGCCCUGAUGGCCACUGCAGAUUAGAUGACACGGUGCCAACAUAUACUCCUGGCGGUAUGAGAGGUUCGUUUCCAGGUCGCCCCGGUGGUCGCCCAGGUCUGCCUGCUCCGUUCUUCCCUGGUAGACCGGACUCAGACUGCCCUGGUGACUGUGGCCGGGAGUGUGGUAUCAGCUGUCCAUGUGUAUGCGCGCGGAAGAUCUUUACUUCUGUCCACAUUGACCCGGCGGCGACAAGCACUACUACCACGAUCACGGGAUCGGUACGUGCAACGGCAGCGGCAGAAGCCAACGAUGCGAAAGCAGCCGCCGCCAAGGAUGCAGAGGCCGAAGAAUCUGUCGCCACUGCUGCUGGCAGCAGCACAGAGCUGGAUUUCGAGUUGACAGCGUACUUCCACACGACAGAGCUCGCAGGCCUGAACCAAGACGUGAUACCGGUCGUGGUGGAGACCGCGUCCAAAGACCCCGUGACGCUGCUGGCCGACAUCGACCUCGCACUGAUGGAGAACUACAUUUCGAGCUUCUUCAUCCAGUCGCUCAACCUCACCUCGGCGUUGACCGCCAUCCCAAAGACAACACCGCGUCAGGAAGCCGUAGCCCUUGGCAUCGAUGGCUACCUCGCCAGCCCACACUCAACAAUCAAACUCGACCUCCUCGCCGGGCCCUCGCAAAAGUUGAAGAAAUUCCACGAUGUGUCUUUCAAGGUCUUCGAUCUGCCGUUCGAUCAGCUCAAGGGGAAAUGGGAGCCGGAGCUGUUUCUUGGUGUGACUUUCCUCCGGCAGGCGAGUGCACUCACGCUAACGAAGGACUUUGCUGGCCAAGCUGCUGUGGGUGGAAUUCCCUUGUUGGCCAGGGAUGUUGUUGUUUCCGAUGCUGGCUGGGAUGGCGCUGCGGUGGCGGGGAAGGAGGGGAACCAUGCUGUGAAAGAUGAGUUGUAA